AUGUGGCCGCAGCUCAGCGCACUGUGUUGCUGGAGCGGUGCAUGCACGGGCAACCUCUUCCCCUACCACACAGACAUCAUGCAGAGGAUCUCUGCCAUGGCGACAGUCCGCUCGCUGCUCGACGAGCAUGCACCUCUCAUGCCACGAGCGAGCUGUGCAUGCACGAAAGUGCAGCAUCUUCGUUGGCCAGGCGGCGGCACACCCAAUUCCAUCCUGCCCAUGCCACCACCCAUCAUGCCUCCAAUAUCAUCAGACCUGCCUUGCAGUCUGCUGGACGAUCCAGCACGCAAGUUCCAUCUGCGCGGCGUGCGAACGCAACUCGAGUCAUAUUUCCCGAAGCACAAAGGAGUGAUAAUCACAGAAAACUGGGAGGAAGACAGUCCCUGGCUGAGAGUGAGAAGGUUCACAACGCUCGGACCAGACGCCAAUCCCGAAGCGUCGGGCAGUGAACUUGAAGACGAAGAACAUCACCAGUAUCUUGGAUAUACAGUGCACACCAUCCCCAUUGAGUAUGCCAUCGACAAAGGACACAUAGUCCAGGUGAGGAUAUUUUCGGCAUCAUGCACACGCCGGCCUCCAAAGGCCUCGCAAGAGCGGCUACAGCUCUUUCCUCUACG